CCCCCAAAACCCAAACCCAAUACCAACUUUUCAGAGAGCGCGCGUCUGGAGGCGCCGCACCGGCAACCCCAUCGGCACCGCCACGCACCAUGGGCCCUACCACAGCUCGCAUCCUUCGCCUCGUGCCCUUCGUCGCCAUGUUCCUCCUCGCCUCCCCCGCCUCCGCCUCCACCUCCACCGUGGACGCCGACUCCGCCCUGGACGCGACCACGCGGUGCGUGGCCACGAUCGUGUCCAUCUCGCCAUGCCUGCCGCACGUGGCGGCCGUGGCGCCGCCGCUGGCUGGCUCCCCGCCCGCACCCACCGACGCCUGCUGCGUCGCCUUCCUUCGCGCCGUAUCCCCAUCGGCGGCGGGAGGCGGAGAGGAGGGCUGCCUAUGCCACCUGCUCCGCAACCCGCUUCUCCUCGGCUUCCCCAUCGACGCCGCCCGCCUCGCCGCGCUCCUCCCUGCCUGCGCUGCGGGAAACGCCUUUGCCGCCGCCACCGUGGAGGCCGCCACCCUCUUCGCCGACGCCUGCCGUGAACUGAAGGCACUGCCGCAAUUGCAUUUCAUGCCCCAGUCAACAACCAGGCAAGAAAUUUCCCCAGCUGCUGUCCCUGAGUUAAUGUCCAGUCCAAUGGAGGCAGUUCCACCAGCUGGGUCAAUGGUUCGUUCAGGCGCUGAGGUCUCCAGUUCCCGUGGCAUUCCUAUUGCUGCAUUGAUCCUCGCUGCAGCAGGAGCUGUUAUCACGUAGUGCUUGUGAUGUUUAAGUGCCACUUAAUACUCUCGUCGUCCGCAAUUUUGUACUGCGUUUUGUCAUGCCUAGAUUUGACGAUUCAGAUGGCCAUUGUACAUGGUGUAGCGAAGAGAUGGUCUCUAGAAAACCCUUUCUGACCGCGGUGGAUUCUUUGUCUACCACAUUUUAUCCAGUGUUACUCCUAUCAUAUGUUCAUGCACCGCUUACGAAGAGUGGCGCCAAUAGAUGCAGUUUCUGCUUUGCUGA